AUGAACCAAUCAAACAGCACAGCUGGUAACGAGGACAGAGCCAGAGGAGAUGCAUUGGAUGAUAACGAAGAUAUAUUUGAUUUCGAGACCGAGGUUAGUGAUUCACGGGUAGAAAGGAACAGAGCCAAGUCUCAAAAGCUGGAGUUGAGUCAGAACUGUUCACCAUUGAACUUCGAUAGCAAUAAUAAGGCAAUACCGAGUGAUGAUUCAGGAAAGAAUAUUGAGCUUCAACAGAAUAACAUUUUGAAUAAUAAUUUGGGUGCAGAAGAUGUGGAUCCAUUAACAAAUAUAUCAGAAGACGAUCCAGAACAUGUAGUUGAGGGAUUUGUGCUGCCGAAAGGACGGACUUCGGACAAUACCAAAAAGAAACGUUUAACAAUUAGGGAUACGGAGGAUAUUCCGGAUGAACCAUUAGAUGAGGAGGACAUUUAUGAUAAAUUUGUCCCGACCGAUAGAACAAAAGUGGAAGAUUAUGAAAGACAAUUUGAACUUGAAGAAAAAGAGAACCACAAGUUGGAAGAUUACAUUUACGAGGAACCAAAGAAGAAUGCAUCAGAUGACACAAUAAUCCAUAUAAAAAGACCGACAGGGAUGUAUACUCCACCAGAGAAUUUUGCUAUGGUUUGCCGGUCGAUAUAUAGAUCCUCAUUUCCUCGAGUCGAAAACUUCGAAUUCCUAAAGACGCUGAAAUUAAGGGCGAUCCUUUGCUUGAUCCCAGAGGAUUACCCACCAGAAAACAUAGAAUUCAACAAGAAGAAUGGGAUAAAGUUUUUUCAGUUGGGUCUAAGCGGUAAUAAGGAACCAUUCGUGAAGAUAAAACCUGAACUUGUCACCGAGGCUCUAAAGAUUAUCACUAAUCCGGAAAAUCAACCGAUUCUUAUACAUUGUAACAGGGGAAAGCACAGAACAGGAUGCAUAGUGGGAUGCGUUCGAAAACUUCAGAAUUGGUCGUUAAGUAUGAUCUUUGAUGAAUACAGGAAAUUUGCAUAUCCCAAGGAGCGUCCCCUAGAUCAACAAUUUAUUGAAAUGUAUGAUGAUUCUGAUAUAGUGUCUUAUGCCAAAAAGCGGCACUGGCUGCCGCUUGAAUGGUGA